CACAACAGAGGGAAGUUCCGGUGAAGAGGCUAACAGAGCUGCAGUGCACACGAAAUGCACAUGAAAUAAAUAAUCACAGUGAGGUUUAGUUUUCGUCGUGUGACGGCACCAGGCUCGUCUUCAGACCGACGGAGAGCAGCCACACUCCGCAGAGAUGCCUGAAACUGAGAGUUACUCCAACCCUCUGGCUCCUGAGGGCCACGAGCUGGACGACCACAGAGCUGCUGCUCAGUCCAAACUGACCAACGAUGACUUCAGGAAGCUGCUGAUGACACCAAGGGCGACGCCCUCCUCAGCCCCGCCCUCCAAAUCCAGACACCAUGAAAUGCCCAGAGACUACAAUGAGGAUGAAGAUCCUGCAGCAAGGAGGAGGAAGAAGAAGAGUUACUAUGCUAAGCUACGUCAGCAGGAGAUGGAGCGAGAGAGGGAGCUGGCCGAGAAGUACCGAGACCGAGCGAGAGAGAGACGAGAUGGAGUCAACAAGGACUACGAAGAGACUGAGCUCAUUAGCACCACCGCUAACUACAGAGCUGUGGGACCCACUGCUGAGGCUGAUAAAUCAGCAGCAGAGAAACGUCGUCAGCUGAUCCAGGAGUCUAAGUUUUUGGGAGGUGACAUGGAGCACACUCACUUGGUGAAAGGUCUGGACUUCGCUCUGCUGCAGAAGGUGAGAGCUGAGAUCACCAGUAAAGAGAAAGAAGAAGAAGACAUGAUGGAGAAAGUCCAGAAAGAGGCAAAGAAAGACGUGGAGCCGGAGGAGAAGAUUGAGUUUAAGACUCGUCUCGGUAGGAAUAUCUAUCGCGUGGUGUUCAGGACGGGUCAGGUGGAGAGGAACGAGCUCUUCCUGCCCGGCAGGAUGGCGUACGUGGUUGACCUGGACGAUGAGUUCACGGACACCGACAUCCCGACUACUCUGAUCCGCAGCAAAGCCGACUGUCCGAGCAUGGAGGCUCAGACGACUCUGACCACCAACGACAUCGUCAUCUCGAAGCUGACUCAGAUCCUGUCGUACCUCCGCCAGGGAACACGACACAAGAAGAUCAAGAAGAAGGACAAAGGUAAACUGGAUGAUAAGAGGGCUCCUGAGGCUGAUCUGAGCAUCUUUGAGGACAUUGGAGACUACAUCCCGUCCUCCACUUCGUCCUCCAAACCUCCCAAAGACAAAGACAGACACCGAGACAGAGAGAGGGAGAGAGACAGAGAGAGGGACAGGGACAGAGAGAGGGACAGGGACAGGGAAAGAGAGGACGACAGCAAGAGCAGGAGACACAGUUACUUCGAGAAACCACGAGGAGACGAACAUCAGGUCAUGGACGUGGACACCGGUCCUGGAUCAGUCAGAGAGCAGAUCAAGAUGAUCAAUGAGAAGUUUGCAGGAGCAGCAGGCAGCCAGUGGCCAGGCCAGGAGCCUGGUUCUCAGAGGAGAGACGGCAAAGAACAGCUGGGAGAUUUCUUUGGAGGAUCCAACUCAUAUGCAGAGUGUUACCCUGCUACAAUGGACGACCUGGCUGUGGACAGUGAUGAGGAGGUGGACUACAGUAAGAUGGACCAGGGGAACAAGAAGGGGCCUCUGGGACGCUGGGACUUUGACACGCAGGAGGAAUACUCCGACUACAUGAACAACAAGGAGGCGCUGCCAAAGGCUGCCUUCCAGUACGGCAUCAAGAUGUCUGAGGGCAGGAAGACUCGACGCUUCAAAGAGACCAAUGAGAAGGCAGAACUGGACCGACAGUGGAAGAAGAUCAGCGCCAUCAUAGAGAAGAGGAAGAAGAUGGAGGCUGAUGGAGUGGACGUGAAGAGGCCCAAAUACUGAAGACUGAGCUGUCGUCCAUCAGGAUCAGUACUGAUCUGUUAUUAUCUGUUAUUGAUCUGUGAAGUGAUGAUUAGUUAAAACCUGUCCAUCAGUCAGCGUCUUCAGCUUCAGCAAAAUAAUUUAAAGUUCAAUAACCCGUCUGAUCGUCUCCUAAAGUUAUUGAUCAGUUUGUGAUAUCUGAUGUUAUUGAAGCAUUAUUAAUCAAUAAAACUGUCUGAUCUUA